CCUUAAAAAAUAAAAUCAUUUCCUUAAAAAUCGAUGCUGCGACGAGAGCCAAUCGCAGUAUUCUUGGUGUCAAUGCACAAUACUACAGUGGCAAGAAGCUAAAUAUUGUUACAUUGGCUAUGAUCCAGCUUGAAAAUCGGCAUACGGCAGCCAACUUGUGUAAAGAGAUAGAAGGAGUGUUGUCUGACUUUACGAUAACCAAAAAACAAAUCUAUUGUGUGACAUCAGACAAUGGAAGAAAUAUGGUUAAAGCAGUCGACGCCCUAAACAAGGAGGAUGUGGCUAGUGAAGAUCCUGACGACUCAAAUACGGAAAAAGUCAUGUCGGAGGUGAAUAUCUUCGACAUUAAGUCGAUUAGGUGCGCUGCUCACACGCUGCAGCUUGCUGUUAAGGAUUUUAUAACGGACACACAAUUAAGCGAGGUUCUUGGAAAAGCACGAGCACUGUCAAAAAUACUUAGAUGCCCAACAAACAGAUUUUUGCUGUCGAGCCAGAGUUUACUGAAUGCUGAGGUUGACACUCCAACAAGAUGGAGCUCAACAUUCCGGAUGCUGGAAAAGCUUUGCAAAUUGCAGUCUUUCUGUGAUAUACAUAUACCAAAGCAAAACAUGUCACAAGAGGAGUGGGAAGAAGUACACUUACUAGUGAGCGUGCUGCAACCUGUACAUGUUGCGACCAAAAAAUUACAGGCUGAGCAGCUGUAUUUCUCAGAUUUUUACAAGCUGUGGCUGGAAAUGAAGCUGGAGAUACAAGCAAUGAGUUCUUCCGCAAGCAAAACACUUGUAGCUUGCCUUGAAAACCGAGAAAAAGGAUUACUGCAAAAUGAAGUAAUGGUAUCUGCGCUUUAUUUAGACCCGAGGCUUCGCAGAAUACUUUUGCCAAAUCCAAUCCAGCUGAUGAUGGCACGAAACCAUCUGAAGCGGUUAAUGCGUCAAAUUUUUGACGUCAGUAAAAAGAAAUCCAACGCACCAGCUCCCACCCAAGUUGUUACACAAUCAAGUGAUUGUUCAAUCUUCUCACAAGAAGAAGGUACUUGCACCUUGCUAAGCAAUUACCUAAAUACAUUUGAAGUGGGCUCAUGUGAUGAAGAGGAGGAUGAUGAAGAGCUGAACAGUGCGCUGAAUCAAAUUGUGGACUACAAUCCAAAGCCAGUUAACAUAUCUGUUAAUCUGAUGGACUACUGGGAGGAUAAAAAAUACGUAUAUCCACAUAUGUACAAGUUGGCAACGCUUUGUCAAAGUGUCCCUGCAACACAGGUUUCUGUGGAAAGGGCAUUUUCUGCUUUAAAAUUAGUAUUAACCGACUUGCGGACGAAUUUGUCUGCAGAAAAUUUGCAAAAAAUUCUGUUUGUAAAGUUAAAUCAAUAAAUAAUAUAUAC